AAUGAGCGUCCUGCAGGUCAAAUAUGAAAAUGGCGGCUCUGUGUGGAGAGUUUGGGGACCUGGUGCAGAUCAAGAAACAGCUCAUAUCCGUGAUUUCUCUUUGUAAAGAAAGAGGACUCCUGCACAGCGCCAAGUGGGCUUCUGAGCUGGCAUUUGCUUUGGAUCCUCUCCCCAAGGAUGAGUUGCCACCAUCACCGCCUUUCACAGAGGAGGAUGCACAUGAUUUGGAUGCACUUACACUGGCCAAAUCCUACUUUGACCUGAAGGAGUAUGACCGUGCUGCUUACUUUUUAAAAGGCUGCUGCAGUCAGAAAGCUUAUUUCCUCUACAUGUACUCACGCUAUCUGUCGGGUGAGAAGAAGAAAGACGAUGAGACGGUGGACAGCCUGGGUCCUCUGGAGAAAGGGCAGGUUCGUAACGAGGCUUUGCGGGAGCUGAGGGUGGAGCUCAGUAAGAAGCACACUGCAGGAGAGUUGGACAGCUUCACUCUUUACCUGUAUGGAGUGGUUCUACGAAAGCUGGAUCUGCUGAAGGAGGCAGUGGACGUGUUUGUAGAAGCGAUUCAUGCACUUCCCCUCCACUGGGGCGCGUGGCUGGAGCUCAGUAACCUUGUCACCAGUAUUGAAAUGCUGAAGUCGCUGUCUCUUCCAGACUGCUGGAUUAAAGACUUCUUUAAGGCCCACAUGUACACAGAGCUGCAGAUGAUCAAAGAAGCGCUGCAGAAAUACGAGAGCCUCAUCAAGGCCGGCUUCUCCAAGAGCACCUACAUCAUCUCACAGAUUGCUGUGGCUUACCACAACAUCCGAGACAUUGACCAAGCACUGGCUUUGUUUAAUGAGCUGAGAGUGCAGGAUCCGUAUCGCAUCGACAACAUGGACACGUUCUCAAACCUGUUGUAUGUCAAAAGCAUGAAGCCAGAAUUGAGCUACUUGGCCCACAACCUGGUAGAGAUCGACAAGUACAGGGUGGAGACCUGCUGCGUCAUUGGCAACUAUUACAGCUUACGCUCUCAACAUGAGAAGGCGGCUCUGUACUUCCAGCGGGCCCUCAAGCUGAACCCCCGCUGCCUCGGAGCCUGGACCCUCAUGGGCCACGAGUACAUGGAAAUGAAAAACACAUCGGCUGCCAUCCAGGCCUACAGGCACGCCAUCGAGGUGAACAAGCGGGACUACCGGGCCUGGUACGGUUUGGGUCAGACGUAUGAAAUCCUCAAGAUGCCGUUUUACUGUUUGUACUAUUAUCGAAAGGCUCAUCAGCUCCGACCCAAUGACUCUCGCAUGUUGGUGGCACUGGGCGAAAGCUACGAAAAACUGUCGCAGCAAGUUGAGGCCAAAAAGUGUUACUGGAGGGCGUACUCGGUGGGAGACGUGGAAAAGAUGGCUCUACUCAAAUUAGCAAAACUCCACGAACAGCUGAACGAGUCCGACGAUGCCGCCCAGUGUUACAUGCUUUACAGUCAAGACAUUUUCUCCUGUGGGGAACAACUGGAGCACGCCGAGGUGAGCACGGCCCUGCGGUACCUGGGUCAGUACUACUUCAAGAACAAGCUGUACGACGAAGCGUCCCUCUGCGCCCAGCGGUGUUGCGACUACAAUGAUGCCCGCGAGGAAGGAAAAGCUCUGCUGAGGCAGAUCUCACAGGUCCGGGAUCAGAUCGAGACGCCAUCAGCUGAUCUGUUCGCGCCGCUCUCCAACAACACCCCAGUGAGGAGAGUGUCUCCCCUCAAUCUCAUCUCCUUCACACCCUGACCGCCCGCUCUCUCUCUCUCUCUGGUCUUAAAAUGAACGAUUUAUAUUCGGAAUCCUCCUGACAUGAGUUUGGAUCUACGUGACUUAUCUCUGUUCGUUUUUGUGUUAUGACAAGUUGUGUUUGAAGGCUUUUGUAAUAAAAGGGGAUAUUUCCCAUUCACAUGCAGUAUUGGAGUCCU